AUGGUGUCUUGUAUCCAUUUCUCCCUUCUUCUCAUUUUUCUUUUUGGCUCUUUUGUUGUUUCUGUUUUCGUAACUCACAGCAGGUGCGCUGUAGUGACGGGAGCGAACAGAGGGCUCGGAUUCGCAAUCUGCAGGCAGCUGGCUGCUAGUGGAGUCGUCGUGGUGUUGACAGCCAGAGACGAAAACAGAGGCAUCCAGGCUGUUGACGACCUCAAAACCAACCAUGGCGUCUCCUCCGAUAACAUCGUUUACCAUCAGCUCGACGUGACAGACAGCUCCAGCAUCUCUUCUCUUGCCGAUUUCAUCAAAACCCAGUUUGGGAAACUUGACAUUCUGGUUGGUACUACCCCCAAUUUGACCAGUUCCGUAACAACUCCUUUCGAUCCUCGAAGUUAUGUCUAA